CGGCAGCAGCAACUGUAAGCUGCGGCUGCGGCUGUGGCAGGCUUGGCUCGGUGCCAGCUGGCGGGGAGCCUCAGGAGGGAGGAGGGAGGAGGAAGAGGGGAAGGAGGAGGAGAGGAGCAGUGAGCAGGCCCGAGAAGGCAGGACUUCCUGGUGUGGGGGUUGUCAACAGCCCAGAAAGAGCGAGGCCGAGACGGAGACAGAGACGGAGCCGAGCCGAGGAGCCCAGAGUUGCAUCCAGUGGGGCCACGUGGGAGGAGCCUGGAGGGAGCCACUCAAGGGACCUGGAGCCAGCGGGGGGCUGAGCCGCCCCCUCCCACAGCCACCGGGAAGACCCGCGGAGUGUUAACCGAGGCCGCGCCUGGGCUCCGCCGUGGAAGCGCCGCCGGUUUCUUCUCGUCGCCGCUGCAAACUUUCCACGGAGAUGCCUCGCAGAGUGAGAUGCAGGCGCCGGAGAGCACUAGGUAGCCCCUGAUUGCCGUCUGCCGUGGCCUGCAUUGCUCAGGGACCCAAGAGGCCCUAAGGAGGAAAAAAGAAAAAGAAAAAAAGGACAUCUUUAGUUCCCAGGUCCUCUCUCCAGCUCAGCUCGGUGGCCGAGGCCCGAGAGUUUGCAAGCUCAGCUCUGGGGUUUCAGCAGCGACAGCAGCAGGAAAAACCUGCCUCUGCCCCCCCUCCCGUCCCCUCCCCUCCCCUGUACUCCAGUCACUAACCAGGCACCCCCAGUUCCCACAAGGCCCUCUUGCCAUGUCGGACCCAGACGUCCCCAGGGGCCCCGAUGUCCCUGCCAUGUGGCCCCCUUGUUCCAGAGGUGCCUGAGCCCCUCUCCAGGAGCCCAGCCCCUCCCCCACCCGAGCCUAGUCGGGAGCCCCAGGGACCAUGAGCGGUGGUAAGAAAAAAAGUAGUUUUCAGAUCACCAGCGUCACCACGGACUAUGAGGGCCCGGGCAGCCCAGGGGCUUCGGAUUCCCCGGUCUCACCGGCUCCCGCUGGGCCCCCGCCCCGCCUCCCCAAUGGGGAACCCAACCCCGAUCCAGGGGGCAGGGGCACCCCCCGGAAUGGCUCCCCGCCACCUGGAGCCCCUGCCUCCCGUUUCCGGGUGGUGAAGCUGCCCCAGGGCUUGGGAGAGCCUUAUCGUCGAGGUCGGUGGACGUGUGUGGAUGUUUACGAGAGAGACCUGGAGCCCCCAAGCUUCGGCCGGCUUCUGGAGGGAAUUCGAGGGGCCUCGGGAGGCACUGGAGGCAGAUCGUUGGAUUCUAGGUUGGAGCUGGCUAGCUUGGGCAUAAGCACCCCUAUCCCACAGCCAGGCCUGUCUCAGGGCCCCACCUCUUGGCUCCGCCCGCCCCCCACUUCUCCUGGACUACAGGCCCGCUCCUUCACAGGGGGGCUGGGCCAGCUGGCAGGGCCUGGCAAGGCCAAGGUGGAGACACCCCCGCUGUCAGCCUCUCCACCCCAGCAACGCCCCCCAGGGCCUGGGACUGGAGAUAGCGCUCAGCCCCUGCCCUCUCUGAGGGUCGAAGUGGAGUCUGGGGGUUCGGCAGCCGGAACCCCUCCACUGUCACGGAGAAGAGAUGGAGCAGUUCGGCUGAGGAUGGAGCUGGUUGGUCCAGAGGAGACAGGGAAGGUGCCUCCGAUCGACUCUCGUCCCAACUCCCCAGCCCUCUACUUCGAUGCCAGCCUGGUCCACAAGUCUCCAGACCCCUUUGGAGCCGCAGCUGCCCAGAGUCUCAGCCUGGCUCGGUCCAUGCUGGCCAUCAGUGGGCAUCUGGACAGUGAUGACGACAGGGAUGUGGGCUCCGGCAAGCCAAGCCUUGAUCAGCUCAGUGAGGGGCUGUGGCACACUGGACUUCUUGGGCAAGGCCGGGAGCAGGAACGCUCUAGGAGACACAUCCGACAGUCUUCUGUGAGUUCUGCCUCAGUUUCCUCUCGACUAAGGACCCGGACGGCCUUGGAGACGCCAGAGGCUGAGAUGCUCCGGGAAGUGUACCUGGUCCUCUGGGUCAUCCGCAAACAACUGAGAGAGCUGGCCCGCAGGCAGGAGAGGCGCAGACGGCGCCGGGUGCGGUCCCAUGCGUCCUACACAUCCCGCCACUCGGAUCCUGUGCAGGGCCUCAAACAGGAUGCCCGAAGUCCCCUCUAGGCAGGGGAGCCCCAGAUCCUUAGAAAGCCCCCACUCACUCUUCAGGAGGGUUGGCAGGAGGGGUUGAAGAGCCAUCAGGCCAGAGUUGCUGGUGAGGAGACCAUACUGUCCCCUCUCAUCCGAAGCCCAAGACCAGGCCUGGGGUCGAACAUACUCCCCUUCUGUGUUUGUUCAAUUUGUAGAAAGAAAGAAAGAGAAAAAUUAUCUAACUAUUGAG